AUACAACACCACCACCACCAAACUCUGCCUCUUGCACAGUCUUUCAUAAAACACAACCCGUUCAUGUUAUUGUGUGUAGUUUUAAUUGCUGAGCUCCCUCUGGUGGUUGAUGAUUUAAACUGUAUCUCUUUGGUACCCAUGUGAGCAGGGGAGAGGCAAAGAAGAGGUCAGUCCAUACUGUUACUUAGCGAGAGGAACUACAAAUACCAGAAGCUCUCGGGACAGCCAUCGAAGGACCCCAGGAUAUUUCAACAAAUUCAAUAUUUCCUAAAUAUCUAUUUUUUUUUUAAGUAAAGCUCUAAUCUCCAGAAAUAUUUUUGGGAAUUGACUGAUGUGGCUUUUCUAUCAACUGUUCUUUUUCUCUUUGGUGUGUGUCAAUUUCUACCUCGUAGCAAAGACACAGCGAAAAAGGAAGGACCCAGACCUUUAAUCCUGUUUUGCAGUGGAUUUAAGAAGAAACAAUUGCAACAGGCUGGAAUUAGCCAAUGGAAAAGCUCCUGAAAAUCGAACUGAAGACCUCCAUUCUGAAGGCAUUUGGGAGCGCAGGAGGAGGUUAUAUUAGCCAAGGGCAGAGCUAUGAAACUGACAGCGGGCGAGUGUUUGUGAAAAUCAAUCACAAGCCUCAGGCUAGAAAAAUGUUUGAAGGUGAAAUGGCAAGUUUAGAAGCUAUCCAGAAAACCAGCACACUGAGGGUGCCCCAGCCCAUUAAAGUGAUUGACCUUCCAGGAGAGGGUGCAAUGUUUGUCAUGGAAUAUCUGAAGAUGAAAAAUCUCAGCAAACACACUGCAAAGCUUGGAGAGCAGAUAGCAGAUCUUCACCUUCACAACCAGAAACUUGGAGAGAAAUUAAAAAAGGAAGGAAACACUGUUGGUAAAGGUGCAGGAUGUUCUGAACCUCAGUAUCUGGAUAAAUUUGGAUUCCAUACAGUCACAUGCUGUGGCUUUAUACAGCAGGUGAAUGAAUGGCAAAGUGAUUGGCCUACUUUCUUUAUAUGUCAUCGACUCCAAGCUCAAAUGGAUUUGAUUGAGAAAGCUUAUGGAGACAGAGAAGCAAGAGAACUGUGGUCACAGCUUAAUCUGAAGAUUCCUGAGAUGUUCUGUGAUGUGGAGAUUGUCCCUGCUCUUCUUCAUGGGGAUUUGUGGGCAGGAAAUGUUGCUGAGGAUGAUUUUGGGCCAAUUGUCUUUGAUCCUGCUUCUUUCUAUGGCCAUUCUGAAUUUGACUUAGCGAUUGCUGGGAUGUUUGGUGGCUUUAGUAGCUGUUUCUUCUCUGCCUACCACAGUAAAAUCCCCAAAGCUCCAGGUUUUGAGAAACGAAACAAGUUGUACCAGCUCUUUAAUUAUAUAAACCACUGGAACCAUUUUGGGACAGAGUACAGGGGAUCUACUCUAAAUGUAAUGAGAAAGCUCUUAAAAUAACCAUUUAGAGAGUGUUCCUCAAAGAGAAGCUAUCACAGUCUCUUACUAAUUCACAUAGCCUACUUGUUGAUAGCAACACAAGCUAGAAAGAGUGAAACAUUAAUGAGAGAAACCCACAUGGCAGAUGUAAAAGACGAGGGGGUCUUUGUACACAUUUGAGCCCACUAAAUGCUUGCAGUGGUUGUGUAAUUUCUGCAUCAUGUUCUAGUUUACUAGCAUAUAUCCACACUUGUGAGUUAGGAGAUUGUGCACAGUCUGUUAUUCAGUUGAUGAAACUCUACAUGUUUGAAAGCAGUUUGAUUGACAGCCUAAUCUCAUUCUCCAUGGGAUAACCUAGUUUUCCCCACUCUUUCAUGACUCUUGGCCCUUCCUGCCCUAUAAGGAUUUUAUUGUGGGGUUGUGGUAUUGGAAGUAAUCACUAAUUUAUCACUUCCUCCUGCUUUUCCAUUUUACUUUUCUCCUCUUUCUCUAUUCUCCUCCGUUCCCCUCUACCUACCUUCUAAAGGAUCAGCUCCAACAUCUGUUGAAGUCAGUGGGAGACUUUUUUGGCUUUGAGGGCAGUUGAACUGUGUCCUAAUUCAUUUGUAUAGUGCAGUCUAUGAGUUAGUAUUUCUUACAUUUAUUUUAAAUUAAAAUUUAUGACUUUCCUUUCUAAAGGAAAAUUUCAAUUCAACUGAUACCCCCUAAGAAUAGGUCUCUGCGCCUACUAUAGAAUUAAAUAUUUAAACAGAAGAUAGAUAACAAUAUAUUUUAUUUAAACCAGGCUUUUAAAAAACAUACUAAAAAAUUAUCUGCAAUGUAACAGUCUUAGCUGUUUGAGAAGAAGAAAACAGCAAUUCCAGAUACUAUAUUGAUUGGUACUCAAUACAUAUAAGUUAUAUACAAUUAAUCUGAAUAGAUAGUUGGGGAAACUACCAUAUUCCAUCAUUGCUGAUUUACUAAAGUAAAGGCACCCUGUCAAAAUGGUGAGGUCUAAAAUGUAAUUGUUUUAUACUUAUUUGCAGACUUCCUGUAAUUGUUUAUGACAGGGCUGCCUUCUCUACCCUUUGAAGCACUGCAAACAGGCAAGAUGCUUUUCAGAUUUAUCAGCACCAGAGUGUUAUUUAAGUCCCCUCCAACAGUUCAUGAGUAUAUCUUUGUGCAGUAACAGACAUGUGAACAUAAACUUCCCCCAUGCCUGCUUUCCAGGGAGGAAGGGGGAAAGAUCUCUUAAUUCUGUAUCCUGUCUCUUCCCCUUGUACUUCUUUCCUUUUUUUCCACUAUUCCCUGAUGAUGGGUUGAUUGUUCUCAGCAGUCUCCUGCCUAAUUAACAAACCUCUCCCAAUUAAAUCCACUCCAGGGGGAAUACCUAGCACCAUAGUGACGGGUUAGCUCUUGGUUCCUAGCACUCUUUCAAGUUGUUGAGUAGCUUUUCUUUUAAAAUAGAUUCUGCUUGCUUUCUUUAGCGUUAAAAAACAGAAUAGAUGUAGGUUGCUGAGGGGUAGCUAUGUUAGUCUGUAUCAGCAAAAACAAUGAGGAGUCCUUGUGGAACCAUAGAGACUAACCCAUUUAU